AAAAAUGUAGCCGUUAGCACCUAACGCCUCCCCACUUUCAAAUUCAAACAAACUCUCUCUCUCUCUCUCUCUACAAUUCCCUUUUUUCUCUCUCUCAAAUAUAACAACCUGAACUGCCAUAGCAUCUUUCACACAUCCACCAAAGCAAUGCACACGCUUCAAUCUUCCGUCGCCGGAAUCGCCGGGAACCAGAUUGUUCGGCCUAAAAGUGGCCGGACGCCGCUCCAGCCGAAGAACACUCCGGUGACUCCGACGAACUCCGAUCUCAAAAUCAAGCCGGUUCACCAAUGGAUUGGCGUUGUCGAUGAUUCAAAUAAGGAGAACCCUCCAAUGUAUGCGACUCCGGUGAAGAUUGAGGCGAUGGAAGUGUCGCUGGCGGAGGAGCUGAGCGCGAUCCGGAAGAAGACGGAGAGGAUGAAAUCGGACAGAGAGAAGACGGAGAAGAUGCUUAAGGAGAAGGAUAUGGUGAUGGAAAUACAGAUGAAGGAGCUCGAAAACAGAGGGCAGAUUCAGAAGAUGCUCGAGAUCGAGCUCGAUCGGAUUUACCGAUUGAACCAACUCCAUGUUCAAUCAAUUAGAGUAUCGCCGAUUCGAUCGCUCAGGGAGAAGGAGGAAGAAAAGAAGGCCGAUGAAUCGCCAUCGCAGGGAGUGGAGGUGGAAGCGGAGGAGGAUAUGGAGGAAUCUGUGGAUGAAAACUCACCGCAGAAGCGGGAGAGUUGUGCUGCUUCCAAUUCCGAAAUGUUACAGAGGAAAAUGAAAAGUGAUAUUUUUCAAGAUUUUUGCUCUGUGAAGUUUAUAUGAUUUUCCUCAAGUUGUAGUGGCAUUUGAAAAGAUUUUGAGAAAGAGAAUAAUAUAAUAUCUCAUUAUGUUUCA